AAUGAUGUGCUCCCUGAGUUGUACAGUACGCUGACGGGCUUAGGCGAUCGCAGUGCCAGUCUGGCAGCACAUCUCUCAGAGACCAGGAGUAAACGCGCGUAAAUUUCUGCGGCAAGGUUGCAAUCGGAGCGCGGAAGAAUGGACGCUGGCAAGCCGGUGUGCGGGGUCUGUAUCGGGGAACAGUACCGCCUGAACUAAAGGAAUGCUCCGUGUGGUCGGCGUACUUCUGUAAAGGACUAUUCGACACGAGUCAUUUGCUUGUCAGAUGAUCGCGGGGACCGGGCUGCAGUAAGAGCGUGUGGCCGUAGGAGCCGAUCACGCGUAAAGACACCUUGCAUUGACUCGCUGGGCUCAUCAGAGCCCUAUGAAUGAAUCGGCUUAUUGCAUCCCUAUUCUCCACACGUUUCCGGAGGAAUACCCUGCACCCGAAACACCAAAUCGCCUGUUUGUUGGGCUAUCUAGCUGUGGCACCGGAACAUUUUGGUGUGGAUAAAUGCACGUAUAUGUGCGUGCAUUUAUGUUCCAAAAAAGGAUCUGAUAGGGAGAAACCAAAGUUGCCUCAUCGGAGCAAGAGAGAAAACGCAGCCCCCUUAUCGAUACCAUAAGAAACAUGUGAAGAUUUUGGACGGGGUACAAACAACGAAUUGAGUCUUUGACAAACGCACUGGGGGGUGUCUCAUCUUCCUGCUACUUCCCGAAACACUUUGUUUUGUCUGCUUGUCCCUGGGUGGGCUACACACAAAGCAUGGGCAACCAGCUGGAUCCUCGAAGGACUUUGUCACUUCGCCCAAGAUGCAGCCUAGCCCGGCCCCUGUGCUGGUGGCUAUUGUUCCACGUAAUCCUCCUUCCUGAGUUGGGCUAUGGCCAGCCCUUCACCAGCUUCCACCCGGAACACCGGGAAUGGGCCUUCAACCACCUGACUGUUCACCGUAAGUCAGGGGCUCUUUAUAUUGGUGCUGUCAACCGGGUCUACAAGCUCACGGGCAACCUGACAUUACUGGUGUCCCACGACACGGGCCCCGAGGACGACAACAAGGCCUGCUACCCUCCACUGAUAGUGCAGCCCUGUUCAGAGCCGCUUGCACCCACAGACAAUGUCAACAAGCUGCUGCUCAUCGACUACUCUCAGAACCGACUGCUGGCAUGCGGAAGCCUCUACCAGGGCGUGUGCAAGCUGCUGCGACUCGACGACCUCUUCAUCCUGGUGGAGCCCUCUCACAAGAAGGAGCACUACCUCUCCAGUGUGAACCAGACUGGCACCAUGUACGGGGUGAUUGUCCCCUCCCAGGGCCAGGAUGGCACGCUCUUCAUCGGGACGGCCGUAGGUGGGAAGCAGGACUACUUCCCCACCAUCUCCAGCCGCAAGCUGCCCAGGGAUCCAGAGUCAUCAGCCAUGCUGGACUACGAACUGCAUACCGAUUUCGUGUCUUCUCUGAUCAAGAUCCCGUCGGACACAUUAGCACUGGUGUCACACUUUGACAUCUACUACAUUUACGGCUUUGCUAGCGGCGCCUUUGUCUACUUCCUGACGGUGCAGCCAGAGACCCCAGAGAACAACAUGCCGUCUGGGACCGCUUCCGGCGACCUCUUCUACACCUCGCGCAUUGUGCGCCUCUGCAAGGACGACCACAAAUUCCACUCCUAUGUUUCGCUGCCAGUCGGCUGUGUGCGUAAUGGCAUCGAGUACCGACUCCUGCAGGCCGCCUACCUGGCCAAGCCUGGGCGGGUGCUGGCCGCCUCUCUCAACAUCAGCCCCCAGGACGACGUGCUCUUCGCCAUCUUCUCAAAGGGACAGAAGCAGUACCACCGGCCGCCGGACGACUCAGCCCUCUGUGUGUUCACCAUCCGCGACAUCAACGCUCGCAUCAAGGAUCGCCUCCAGUCUUGCUACCAGGGUGAGGGCAACCUGGAGCUCAACUGGCUGCUGGGGAAGGACGUCCAGUGCACGAAAGCGGUAAGGCCUGCCUCCUCUCCACCGCACUGCACCGCGGAUGUGCAGAUAGGUCGGGAGACUGCGGUAUCUAUGCCUGGAGAUGGCGUUUCAUUCUCUUCAAAGUAUGUGGUUGGCUGACGGCAAAUACACAAAAUUAAAUCCACCCUCUACCCUGACAGGCAGAUCAUUGAAGGAAAAAUACGACAGAACAAGUGCAGAUCAUACAUAUGCCUGCUUAAAUCAGGGAAUUUUAAACAGCCCCAACAGGUGAACGCCUACAAUUUAUUCCAAAAUCCCAUCGUGAGUCAGGUGAUAAGCAGUGUGGUGCUUCCCUGCACGCUGACACAGACCCAAAGGUAUAACAAAGACUCAUU